CUUCGCGCGCUCCCUCCCUCUUAGGUCACUCUUUCAAAGCCUGGAAUAAAAACCGCAGCCAACUUCCGAGGCGGUCUCAUUGCCCAGCGGCCCCCAGCCUGUGACAGGUUCCAUUCAUCCUCCUUGCCCCGUUCUCCGCGACCCUCUUUAAGAGGCGACUAGAUCCCUGGGUUCCAUCCCGCACACCAUGGACAAGUUUUGGUGGCAAGCAGCUUGGGGACUCUGCCUCUUGCAGCUGAGCCUGGCGCAGCAGCAGAUCGAUUUGAAUAUAACCUGCCGCUAUGCAGGUGUAUUUCACGUGGAGAAAAAUGGCCGCUACAGCAUCUCACGGACUGAGGCAGCUGACCUCUGCGAAGCUUUCAAUAGCACUCUGCCCACCAUGAGCCAGAUGGUGAAGGCCCUGAACCAGGGGUUUGAAACAUGCAGGUAUGGGUUCAUAGAAGGCCAUGUGGUGAUCCCGAGGAUCACCCCCAAUGCCAUCUGCGCAGCCAACCACACAGGGGUGUAUGUCCUCACAUCCAACACCUCCCAGUAUGACACUUACUGCUUCAAUGCCUCAGCUCCCCUUGAAGAAGACUGUACAUCUGUCACAGACCUACCCAGUUCCUUCGAAGGACAAGUUACCAUAACUAUUGUCAACCGUGACGGUACCCGCUACAGCAAGAAGGGCGAGUAUAGAAAACACCAAGAGGACAUCGAUGCUGCAAAUUCGACAGAUUAUGAUGUCAGCAGUGGGUUCUCCAGUGAGAAGAGCACCCCAGGAGGCUACGUUUUCCACACCUACCUUCCCACUGAACCCUCAACUGGAGACCAGGAUGAUCCCUUCCUCAUCAGGAGCACCCCGGCCACCAUUGCCUCAACUGUGCACUCAAACAGCCACGCAGCAUCUCAGAAACAAAAUAAUUGGAUAUGGUUUUGGUUUGGUAAUUCACAAUCCACGACUCAGACUCAGGAGCCCACCACGACAGCAACUACAGCCUUGAUGACCACCUCUGAAACACCGCCUAAGAGGCAAGAAGCCCAGAACUGGUUUUCAUGGUUUUUUCAACCAUCAGAGUCCAAGAGUCAUCUUCAUACAACAACGAAGAUGCCUGGUACGGAGUCAAAUACCAACCCAACAGGCUGGGAGCCAAAAGAGGAAAACGGAGAUGAAACAGACAAAUACCCCAGUUUUUCUGGAUCAGGCAUUGAUGAUGAUGAAGAUUUUAUCUCCAGCACCAUUUCAUCCACUCCAUGGGUUUCUGACCACACAAAACAGAACCAGGACUGGACCCAGUGGAAGCCAAGCCAUUCAAACUCGGAAGUACUACCUCAGACAACCACCAGGAUGACUGAUGUAGACAGAAAAAGCACCAUUGAUCAUGGAGAAAACUCGACUCAGGAGCAGCAGCCUCCUUUCAAUCACCAUGAAUAUCAAGAUGAAGAGGAGGCCCCACAUGCUACAAGCACAACUCCUAGUAGUACCCCCGAAGAAGCAGCUACCCAGCAGGAGCAGUGGUUUGAGAAUGGAUGGCAGGGGAAGUACCCCACCACACCAUCUGAAGACUCCCAUGUGACAGCAGGGGCAACUGCCUCAGCCCACAACUAUCCAAGUCAAAGAAUGACAACACAGAGUCAAGAGGACGUCUCCUGGACUGAGUUCUUCGACCCGGUCUCCCAUCCAAUGGAACAAGACCACCAAACAGAAAGGAAGGAUACGGAUUCCAGUCAUAGUCCAACCCUUCAGCCUACUGCAGCUCCAAAUACCCAUUCGCUGGAAGACUUGAACAGCACAGGACCACUUUCAGUGACGACUUCACAGAGUUAUUCUCAGAACUUCUCUACAUCACAUGAAGAACUGAAAGAAGACAAAAAGCACCCAACAACUUCUAUCCUGCCAUCUAGCACUAGGAGUGGUGGUGAAGAAGGAAGAAGAAGUUCGAGCCUUCCCAAAGACGCAACUACUUCUCUGGAAAGCUACACUCCUCACUACCCAGACACAAUGGAAAAUGGGACUCUCACCCCGGUGACUCCUGCUAAGACUGGGGUCUUUGGAGAAACUGAAGUGACUGUUGCUGCAGACUCCAACUUUAAUGUUGACAGCUCCUUACCAGGAGAUGGAGACUUGACCAUGGACCCCAGGGGGCCUUCCUUCACUGUGACCCAUGGAUCUGGAUUGGAUGGACACUCAAGUGAGAGUCAAGACGGUGGAGCCAACUCAACUCCUGGUCCUGGGAGGAGACCUCAGAUUCCAGAAUGGCUCAUCAUCCUGGCAUCCCUCCUGGCACUGGCUCUGAUUCUUGCUGUUUGCAUUGCUGUCAACAGUAGGAGAAGAUGUGGGCAGAAGAAGAAACUGGUGAUCAACAGUGGCAACGGGAAGGUGGAGGACAGGAAGCCAAGCGAGCUCAAUGGGGAGGCCAGCAAGUCUCAGGAAAUGGUGCAUUUGGUGAACAAGGAACCAUCAGAGACUCCAGACCAGUGUAUGACUGCUGACGAGACCCGGAAUCUGCAGAAUGUGGACAUGAAGAUCGGGGUGUAGUGCCGACACCAUUAACUUGGAAAGACACCAAAAUUGAAGACAUGUCAUCACUGGGAGCUGGGACCCUUAACAGAUGCAAUGUGCUACUGAUUAUUUUUUAUUGGGGAUAGUUUUAGCUUAAAAUUGUCUAUUCCUUUUACUUUUUUAAAAGUCCGUUCCAAUUUUUCAAAACAGCAUUGCUUUCUGAAAUGAGGGCCCAAAGAACACUCCAUUAAGAAUUUGACUUUUCCAGUUCCUUCCUAGAGGUCUUGCAUCCCCAGGGUAUGCUAUGGAUGGUUUCAGCAAAUGCAUAUUCUUGGUCCCUAUUGAACUUUUUCCCUACCCUAAGUCCCAGGUAACAGCCACCAGCUAGGGACUUGCCCCAGGGCUUAGAGGAAUUGAUCUCUGGGAGGAAAUUUGAAUGGGUCCAUAUUUCCUCUUCAGCAGUCCAGUCCUUGGGCAUUGCUUUCCAGUGGGGUGGGAGAUCAGGUGUACUGGUUACACACCCUUUUUAUAGACUCCCCUCUCUACUGGAAAAUUUUCAGAUGCUUCUGAGAGAUCCCCAAAGGGUGACGCUAUUUAUCUGUAGUAAGCUAUUUAUCUUUGUUUUUGAAAUAUCAAACCCUGGAGGUCCUUUGUUCAGUAUGACUUUUUUUUUUUUUAGUUUACUUUGUCAGAAGCAUAACAGGGUAUAAGUUGAUUCAUAAUAAACACCUGUCCAUCUUCCAUCUUGACCUAUUGCGCUGUGGUCCUUCAGUUUCUGAACCACGAGUCUUGAGUCCUCAUGGCAUAUCAGGAUGACCCUAGAAUGGUCCUCCUAAACCUGGUUAGAGCACCUGUGCCAGACUCGGAUUCACCCAGCAGAAUCUCAUAGAAGAUCAAGGAAGGAAACACUGUUUUGUAUCCAGGGCUAUCAAAAGAGUUUCUCUCCUACUCUGGAAUCAGAAUUGUGAGUAGGAAAGAUUCAGUCCCUUCUGUGAUUUGGUGGCCACCCUUUUCUUUUUCUUAAAGGGUACAUUAAGUUUCUAUGUCCGACAGUUUUUAGGGUCCUAUUUCAGAGAAGCUGAUCCUAUAGUGGCUUCACACAAGAGUAUGGUGGGGACUUGUGACACCUUAUAGUAAAAGGAGAAGCCAACAGAAACUCAAGUGUAGACAGUGAGCAGUAGAUUGGCAUAAGGAGGGUGUGGUAUACAACCCAUCCCACUAUUUCCAUGGAUGUGUUUGUUGACAUUUCACAGACCAGUUGGCACUCAGAAUGAUUUGCUUGGGAAUCCCCCAAAAAGCCACAGGGCUGCCCACUACUGGAAUCUUAUCACCGGAUAAGCAGCUUUAUGAUUUAGCAAAGGGAGAAUGGCAUUACCCUCCAGCCUCAUAUUUUUUUUUACAUACUGGGUAAAUGUUUGGUGGCAUUUAUUCAUCUGCCAGAAUGUCCCAUUGCUCCUGGAUCUUCCCAGGUUACUUGUAGAAGAAAUUAAAUCUAUAAAGUAAGGCUUCCUGUAAAAUGAGACUUCCUUCCUAAGGCUCCCAUGAUGUUACUGUUGACUAAAUUUAUAUGUUUAAUAUUUUUUUUUUCAAAUAAAAAAUAAACAAGAGAAAAAUCUCUGCCUAACUCAGAUUUGAGUUUCUAUCAAGAGUGGACUCAGGCUUUAUUUAAAGGAGAUGCACAGACUUUCCAUACUCAUUCCCAGCCUCAGCUCUUCCUAUGCACAGACUUUUCAACACUCAUUCCCAGCCUCAGUUCUUCCUACACGCCUUUCAGCCUCCCUCCUUCCCUGAUCGCCUUUCCCCCAAUGCCAUGGCUUCCACAAACUUCCUUUUUCUUCCUCUGUAAAUGCUAUUAGUCAGUUCUGUAUUUAGAUGCCUAGUUUUCGUUUUCUUUUCCAGUUGAAAUAGACAUUAGGUGACUCUUUGUUUUUCUCCACUGGUGUUAGAAUGUCCCCUGUUCUUGUAGCUGUCCUGGCCUACCACACUCACAACAGGCUCACUGGGGCUCUUUAAUCUGUAUGUAGCAAGCCACUCUAGGAUUGGCUAUAAAUGGGCUCUUCCAAGCUCUCCUUGAUCCCUAGAUACACAAGGAGAUCAUAUAAGUCUCAGAGCCAGAGAUGAUUCUCUACCCAUUCUAGACAUGACCACCAGUUGGGUUAGGGUAGGAUAUUCUUUGCCAAGAUGGUUAUGGUUCUGGGAGCAUAAUUUGACUUGGUGUUAUUCCUACCAAUGACUUGCUAAGUGAUACAGGCUAAGUCAUUGAACUGGGAUCUUGUUAAUACAAAUAAGGGGCAAGCAUUUAGUGAUUUUUAUAAAGUAACAUGAACACUUCAGAUGCCAUUUUUACCAGCAAUUGUGAAUCUCUCAUGUAUCCUGAAGGCUUUCUUUCAAUUAGCCUUGGGUAAAAAUCAAAUGAGGCAAAAGAUACCUUCACAUCUGUAUUUUGUAGGUUCUAGCUAGAUAAGAUAGAUGUUUCCAGAUCCUUUUUUAAAAAAAGCUUUACAUUGACAUCCAUAACACAAAGAACUGGCUUUAGAGCUAACAUCCAUUCAAGACUGUUGUAACAAAGUAGAAGGAAGAGCCACCUUCUUUGGAAAAGUAAAAUGUUCAGAAGAACAGGAAUCAACCACUCUUACAUACUAUGUCUUUGUGUGAGUCUUCUGUAGUGACUUUUCAGUCAUAGCCUUAUAUAUGUAUGAUGACUUUUGCUAUUGUCCCUUUGAUUUUUCAGAGACCAGCCUUUCUUUCUCUGGUUUUUGUAUAUUUAUUGGCUGACCAAUAAUAAUGAGGAAAGCAUGAUGUGUAUAUUACCCAACUGAAAAUGUACUGGAAAACAUUAAAA